CAACACCACUGCUCUUGAUGACGUCAUCACUUAUUAUUGGACAGACUGCCAGAGGUGAAAGUUCUUCUUGAUUGCUGUUUUUUCAUACUUUAAGAUGGCGGAUACGUACAAAAGUUUGGGCAACGAUGGCCAACCUCAGCAAGCAUCACCUCCACCUCCACAAAAAGAAACUGGUUUUUGUUUCAGGCUUUUCGUAAGGAUUGUUGCUUCUGUAGCUGGAGUCUUGGCUAUUAUUCUUGGACUGGUAUCUAUGAUCUCAAUCAAAGGACUGUGUAUUGUUGCCGGUAUCUACAUCAUGCUUCUUGGAUUCCUGACGAUUCUAUUAGAAGCCCCGUUUUGCUGCCAGUUCCUUGACAUCACAGACAAAGUCAGCAAAUGGAGCGAAAACAGAGCUCCUUGGCAGAAGGCUCUCUUCUAUCUCUUGUUACCUAUUGUGCCGUUCUUCUUCUGCGUUGGAGUGAGUCAAAUUUUUGCCUGCCUUGUAAUCAUGGCAACUGGCGUCCUCUAUGGACUGGUGUUCAUUGGAAAGAAGGGUGAUGCUGUUAAGAACGCCCAUAGAGCCCAGCAGCAAGGAGGAGACAUGGCAUUAUCAGACCCUCCAUCCCAGGAUCAAUACGGGAAGAGAGAACUCAUCCCUUGAAUUGACAUUGAGGGCGCCAGACUUAUCAACCGACAGUGGUACAUUCCACCCUCCAAUACACAGCCUCAAAUCGCGUCUGGGUAGCAUUUCAUGAAACAAAUGAGUCAGUGAUUUUGCUCUGACAUCUGUUAUAAGCUACUGAUAUCCUUGCAUCUGAUUGGCUUGGAAUAAAUAAGUCAAUGAAAAUCAUUGAUUGUUUGCUUUAUGAAACACACCCCUGGAUCAUUCUGCUGUCAUCAUUCCACUUUUUUUCUGCUGCUCAGGUCUAUUAAAAUCCAUAAAAAUGUGUAUUUUAAAAUCCAGAGUAUUUUACUUACAUUGACAUGCCCGAAGAACCCAUUCCAAUUUUCCUUUAGCUUGCACAUCAUCCAUGAUUUUUGUAUGAUACAUGUUUUUUAUUGUUUUAUCUUCUUGAGUCAUAAGCUACAGUUUUCCAACAUUAGAUGCAAGCAAUCUCUGCACAAGCCCAUUGUGGACCGGCUUGAACAUCCAAAAAUGUCAGCACACACUCAUCUUACGACAAUCGUGCAUAGUAUUUUGGCCUCUGUUUACCUCAAGACAUUAUAGAAAAUAAUGGAUUUGUACAAGAAAAUUAAGAAAUAUGACAGUUGACAAUCUAAUCUCUAUUCAUAGUUAAAUAUAAUAUGUUAGGGUUUAGAAAUCAGUGCAAUUUAAUAGCAUUAAAGUAUUUUAGUUGUUGGGAACAUGCAAAUUCUUGAUUUCUAAUUGUCAUUUCAUUUUUUUUCUUCCAGUUCCUGA